ACCUCUUUCCCUAUCCAGGCACAGUACCGGCUCAAUCCCCCUUUAAUUUCCCAUGACUCCCCGCGUACUCAAGCCCCGCCUCCAGGCCCCCAGCCCCGCCCCAAAGUUUGAGGGGUGUGAAUGGUUUGUGACCCCCUCACCGGACUCUACCCCUUAUGGGCUGGGAUAAUUGAGCUUGGCGGCCAGCAACUAGGUAGACUUUCGCCUCGGGUGGGCCCACCGACUCCUCUCCAGCGCCGCGGGAAUAGGGCCGCCCCACGCGGAGUCUUCGCCUCAGAAAAGGCAGGGUCGGGACCCCUCCUCACCGCGCGGUCAGGGUCGCCUACAGACUGAGGAGACCCCCCCCCAAAGGCCUCUGAGGCGGGAGACGUGGGGUCCUCCCCAACCCAAGAAAGUGCCCUGUGUCUGUGCCAGUCGUUUUCGCCUCUGUUCGCCGCAGUUUCCUUUUCUGUAAAUCAGGACUGGUGACAUUAACCAUCUUACCGUUAGGGGCUAGUUGUGGGAGCGAUAAGUAAUUGCUGCCAUUUAUUUAUUGAACCAUUGCAAUGUGCCAGACUCUGUGCUAAGUAUUUUGCUUCGUUGAUUUCCCGUCACCGUCAAAACACCUUAUGAGGACUUGUCAGAAGAAUUUCAGAGGUGGUAGACACGGUGCCUGCUGCAUGAUGUCUGCUGAUGGCUCCUGCAGAUGUGUCCCCUUUGGGGUGGUCUGACCAUGCUUCUGAUGAAAAAUUAAUUUUUUGGUUCUUGACAUCUGAACCUGAAUACGUGACCACGAAUGAGUGUCGACCCAGUCAGCAGCCAGGCCAUGGAGUUCUCUGAUGUCACCCUCAUUGAGGGUGUGGGUAAUGAGGUGACUGUGGUGGCAGGUGUGGUGGUGCUGAUUCUAGCCUUGGUCCUAGCUUGGCUCUCUACCUACGUAGCAGACAGCGGUAGCAACCAGCUCCUGGGCACCAUUGUGUCAGCUGGAGACACAUCCGUCCUCCACCUGGGGCAUGUGGACCAUCUAGUGGCAGGCCAAGGCACCCCAGAGCCAACCGAACUCCCCCAUCCAUCAGAGGGUAAUGAUGAGAAGGCUGAAGAGGCUGGCGAAAGUGGGGGAGACUCCACAGGGGAGCCUGGAGCUGGGGGCGGUGUUGAGCCAAGCCUCGAGCAUCUGCUUGACAUCCAAGGCCUUCCCAAAAGACACGCAGGCCCGGAAAGCAGCAGUCCAGAGGCCCCUCUGAGAUCUGAGGAUAGCGGCUGCCUCCCUCCCAGCCCCGGCCUCAUCAGUGUGCGGCUCAAAUUCCUCAAUGACACCGAGGAGCUGGCUGUGGCCAGGCCGGAGGAUACUGUGGGUGCCCUGAAGAGUAAAUACUUCCCUGGACAGGAGAGCCAGAUGAAACUCAUCUACCAGGGCCGUCUGCUGCAGGACCCAGCCCGCACACUGCGUUCCCUGAACAUUACCGACAACUGUGUGAUUCACUGCCACCGCUCACCCCCAGGGUCAGCUGUUCCAGGCCCUUCAGCCUCCCUGGCCCCCUCCUCGGCCACUGAACCCCCCAGCCUCGGCGUCAGUGUGGGCAGCCUCAUGGUGCCUGUGUUUGUGGUGCUGUUGGGUGUGGUCUGGUACUUCCGUAUCAAUUACCGCCAGUUCUUCACAGCACCUGCCACUGUCUCCCUGGUGGGGGUCACUGUCUUCUUCAGCUUCCUAGUAUUUGGGAUGUAUGGACGAUAAGGACAUAGGGAGAAAAUGAAAGGCAUGGUCUUCCUUCUUUAUGGCCUCCCCCCUUUCCUGGCCAGAGCUGGGCCCAAGGGCUUGGGAGGGAGGGAUGGAAAGGAUGUGGCAGGUCCUCCUCCAUAGGACAUAGGAGGCAGGUAAAGGGCCUCCCCUUCACAUCCACAAGGGUACAGACAGCCCAUCUCUGUGCAAGCACAACUCAGGUAGAAACAAGGAUGUCAUCUUCCUUCAUUUGUAGGGUCCUAAAGUUCAGAGCUGAGCUGAUGGCCCAGCUCAGUGGGGAGCCUGGGCUCUGAGGGAUUCCCUCCCAGCUGUGGCCCUAGCUCUUCCCAUUGUCCUGCAUGUCUGCUCCUCAGUACCCAGGGCCGCCUGCCAGGGCAGCUCAGCAUGGCCCCAGCAUACUUCUGUAGGGAGCCUGGAGUAUUUUCCUGUUUCUUAAGGGAGUAUCUGUCUUUUGAGACUGAAGUCACACAGCAGGAAUGAAGGUCGUGUCCGCUUCCCUUACAGGCACCUAGCCGCCUCUUACCUUCUCCCUCUGCCCCUGUAGCAGGAAUAGGGUGUUCUCUGUGUUCUGGAUAGUUCCCAGUGUUCUCCCCUUUUUUUCAAAGCACUUUGCUUGUAUUUUUUUUUUAAAUAGUCCUUUAUAGAGCUCAGUCAGAAAGGGGAUUGGGGCACAAAGCCAAGCCCCCAGCAUUGGGAGAGGCCAAGCCACAGCUGCUGCUACCCUAGGCCUAAGGCUGUAAGCAAGAGACAGCUCUGGCCCUCAGCCAGUGUCCUACCCUGCCCAGCUCCAAGGACGAGCUCUGGGUAUGGAGCCCUGGGCCCCAGGCCCUUGCUUCUGGGCUUCUCAGAUGGAGGGUCAGUGUCUGUGACUAAAUAAAGUUCCGUUUUGUGGC